GUGUGAGCACUUGUACUUCAGCAUGGUUACCAAUGUCCAGUGCUUUAUCGUAUAUUACAUGUAGGUAGAUUAGCCACGGUGUCAGUGGGUGGGAACCACGAGGAAGUAAACACCGUACCCAUACAGUGCGCACAAGCAGUUAAUUUCGAAGUAACCCCACUUAGUUUCUGGAGUUCUUACUCGGCCUGCCGCGUGAGUUGCUGGGAGCUGAAAAGCAUAUCUUCUUUUGAAAAUGAAUUUCCUCACAACUUUCCUCAUUGUUGCUGUGGCUUUAAUGCCCGUUGCUUAUGGCUUGUCGUCGAAAAUUUGGAGCAAAGAGACUACGUUUCAGAAGUUGAGCUCAGCUGGCAAGACUCGGGUCGGCCUGUAUGGCUUCAGCUUUGAGGACUGUGGUGGCUCUUCGGACCCCCUGCAUGGCAAUGUCAGUCUCUCCCCAAACGACCCUGUCACCCUGCCCGGUAAGCUCACGGUGUCUUUCAAUGCCUCAUUCGGCGUGGACGUGAAGUCGCCACUGAAGGUUGUUCUUGAACUCAAGAAAAAGGAGCUUAUUUGGAUAGAUUUGCCUUGCGUGGACGGAAUUGGAUCCUGCACAUACGAUGAUUUCUGCAAGAUGCUCCCCCCCGAGCCGGCCUCUGGCUGCCCACCCCCGCUGAAGGAAAAGGGUCUUCCAUGCCGAUGUCCCGUCAAGGCGGGCAAGUACUCCCUGCCCCCUGCAGUGUUUACCAUCCCCACCAUUCCAAAAGUCCCAGAAUUCCUGGCCGAUGGAGACUACAAAGCCAACGUCAAGGCUUACUAUGGCAGCAAAGAACUGGGCUGCAUCAAUCUGACCUUCUCACUCAAGCUGAAUGAAUAGAUCAGCCUUCACCCUUUGUCACGAGAUGAGUAAAAAGAUGUGCUUUCAGGAAUGACAGCUUUUGCACAACAGGAAGAUCAUUCUCUCUCCAGCAUUCUUAAAGAAUACCAAUGAUAGCAAAGGUUGAGAAUUCCACAUCAAAAAUGGUGUUGUGUGAAUACUUGUCCUUAAAGUAGAAAAAGGACCACCAAUGUACUACUUUCAGUAUAAAUUUUAACCUGCAAUUCAAAUUUUUCCCUAAUAUGCUUACACUUUACUGAUUAUAAAGAUUGAUGAGUUUGGUAACAGAAUAAUGCUACUUGAAUAAAACAGCAUCAUUCAACAAACUAUGACUAUCAACCCAUUAACAUUCACAACUAGCAAAGUAAUUCUUUUUUUUUAUAUUGAAAAUAGAACUUCACAUUGGUGCUAAAUGUCGAACAUAAGUGGUCCUUAUGCUAUUUCACUGAUAGAAGUAUUCACACGGCUCCACCUAUGUAUGUCAGAACGCUUUGUUCUGUUAAUGUGAAAUUGUCCUGAUGCAAAAAAAAAUUUUGCCUGAGUUGUCCAAAAUGUAACAUCCAGAUUUUUCUGUGCUGUGCUUGUGCAGCUGAAAUAACUUCCGGGUCCAUGUCAACCCCCCCCCCAACUCAGUCUCAGAGGCUUGAAAAAGCAACAGUGCAGUUAGAAAUGACUCACAAAUCCUGAGAAAAUGACCACCAAGGUCCAGCAUUCGUAAAGUCUCACUUAAAGGACAGUGGUCGUGGUGUCACGUCAAUUUCAAAAGGCAGUAUCUUUGGCCAAAUAUAAUACCAUGCCUUGGAAAAGUGCAACAUGGAAUACAUGUACCACUGUUGGCAAGUGGUUAAGUCUUACACAAUACGCUUUUACAAAUAUUACAAAUAAUAUGUGAUUUGCUAAGUAGCUCAAUGAAGUCGAAUGCAGGCCUUUUGCCGUCAAUUUCCACAAAGUUACUUUGAAACUGAUCAGUAAAGCAGUAGAUUUAAUUUUCAUCAUAACUUCAUCUGUCAAGGAUCAAAGAACAAUCCAGAAAUUGCUUGUUUCAUAUGUAUGCAACUUUACCAUUGGCCUGUUGGCCAUGUUUGCAGAUGAAAAACUCCAGCAGUUUAUAUAUAUAUGACAGUCAUGCAUGGAAUGGUUGCUUUGGCAGUACAUCAGUUCAGUUUAUUGCAUCUUGGAGGUUUACUUUCCAAAUCUUCUUAUGUGUAAGAGUCUGAUUGUUCAAAAAGAAGUUCAGGAAAUCCCAAGUAUUUUUCCAGUAUACUUGUAACUGUUUGUGUAUUUUUAUAUAUUGGAAUUUAUUGACUGUCAUAAAAUAAUCUUCUUAAGUGAAAUGUCUACUGGAAUAGAUUCUGUGAAGAUAAAAUUGCAAUACAGCGAAUCCUGAACAUAUGUAAAUGCUGCAAUCUGAAGUACAGUAUGUACAUGUAGUUAAACAUGCUUGUAGACAAGGAUGUUGGUUGGAGUCCACCAAAAGUAGAAGUUUGAAAGGGGCUUUGAUAUACCCCCCCCCCUGAAUGCUUCCUUGAUUGCAGUAGGGAUUUCUAAUCAUGUUAGAUAUUCAAAUGAAAUUGCAUUGCAAACCUAUACUCCUUUUUUUCAUAAAUAUAUAAUUUAAGGUUGAAUUAAGAAAGUCAAAGGUAUUGGUUUGAAGCCUGGACUUGUGAAAUCCCUGUCAUAGCUCUUCUGAACUGUAAGGUCCAGUGUUUUGUUGGGUAUUCCCGUUAUCAGUGAUGACAGUGGCUUUGACACAAAGGCAAUUUGACAAGGAUUAUUUAUCUUAUUGCUGACUGCAUGUCAGGGUUGGUAAUUUGAUUGUACCCAAAAAUCUCAGAAAAAUGAAGUGCGUUAUUUCAGCCACGUGACCACAGAUCAUGGACGUGCACAUCUACCUCAAAGCCUGUGGAAAAACUAUUCAAAUUUAUCUUUUUAAAAUGGUUAGGAAAAACUUUGUGGUUAGGCCUCUGAAUAAGAAUGAGAUUGAUUCAGUCAUGCUGGCAAAAGCUGUUAAUCACUUGUCCGAAUGACUGUUACAGUUUAUCAUUCAAUAUGAAGCAACCAAAGCAACUUUUUAUACUACAGGUAUGCUGAAAUACUAAGUUUGUUAGACUAGUGAAAGGCAAAUUCCGGUAUCUGACUUUUAAUGAAUGGGUUUUACUUUCUACUGGUUACAGGUGUGAGCCUGUAAUGCAAAAUUAUGCAGUGUAAAGACAUUCCCAAAUAAAAAGGGCAAUUUUUUUUCUGCAGGUUGUUCAUAAUGCUUGUCAACAUUUUUCAUUUAUAAUGAGAUUUCUAUUGUUUUCUAUCGUAUGCAUAGUGCUUAUUGUUUCAAAUAAGUACUAAUUAAAAUAAAUAAUGUGUGGUUUGGGACCAUUUUCAGCCAAAAAAUUCCACACUAAAUGUAAUUAUUGAAUAUGAAAUAUAUCAAGUGACAGGAUAUGCAUGUGCCUUGUUUCGAUCAAAAUGUGGAAAUAAUUGAGUUGACACUAAAAAAUAUUAAAUAAUUUUGUUUUGUUGGCAAACUGAUAAUUUUGUACAAAUUGUCCUUUAUCAACAAAUUAGAUAAAAAAAAAAGUCUGCAUGUGCGUUGUUUUACUUGGAAACUGUAACCAGAUACAAUACUGAAGCCAAUGGUUGAAGCAUUAAAGGUUGCAUUACACCAGGAGAAGAGAA